GCUUGCUAUCAUAACUUCCUUUCGGUUUUAGCUGUGCUUGGAGAGGAACACAUCAUCUUCAAACAUCUAUAGAAAAUGGGUCGUCGUCCCGCUAGAUGUUACCGGUAUUGUAAAAACAAGCCGUAUCCUAAGUCACGGUUUUGUCGUGGUGUACCUGACCCGAAAAUUCGAAUUUUCGAUUUAGGCAGGAAGAAGGCCACUGUUGAGGACUUUCCACUAUGUGUCCAUUUGGUUUCCGAUGAAUAUGAGCAAUUGAGCAGCGAAGCUCUCGAAGCUGGCCGCAUUUGCUGUAAUAAGUAUCUCGUGAAGUAUUGUGGAAAAGAUCAAUUUCACAUCCGAAUGCGUUUGCAUCCAUUUCAUGUCAUUCGCAUAAAUAAAAUGUUGUCUUGUGCUGGAGCUGAUAGGCUUCAAACUGGUAUGAGAGGUGCUUUUGGUAAGCCGCAGGGCACUGUUGCUCGCGUCAGAAUUGGCCAACCAAUUAUGUCAGUGCGUUCCAGUGACAGGUACAAGGCACAAGUUGUAGAAGCAUUGCGUCGUGCUAAGUUCAAAUUUCCUGGUCGCCAAAAGAUCUACGUAUCCAAAAAGUGGGGUUUUACCAAGUACGAUCGGGAGCGCUAUGAAGAACUCCGUGAUGAUAAUCGCCUUGAACAGGAUGGAUGUAAUGUGAAAUACCGGCCUGAACAUGGUCCAAUAGCCGCUUGGGAAAAGGCGCAACGUGAAGUUUAUGCUUAAACCAAUAAUAAACAUCAAAGGAUAAAUGUCCGUACAGCAUA